AUGGCGUAUCUUGUUAUUUUGGCUCUUGUAGUUGUGAUUGUGUUUUUGCUGGUUCGUGUCCUAAAUCUGACGGAUUCUUCUCAUCCUCCAAAGAUAGUUUCAUCGGAUAGCCAUUUUACCAACACAGUCUUAGAGUCGUGUCCUAUUUUUUUCGAAAGGUACGUAAAUUCAAAGUGUCUACAAAUGUGUUUACAUCUUUCGAUAACAAAACAGCAUUCGGGUUCAUGGUAAUUAAGUAAUGAGUUGUUUUCAUCCUUUAAAAUAUUAUUUCAGCUGCCAUUUUACUGCCAAGCUUCUCUGUUCUUUGUAUUGAUCGGUUAAAUCUAAUUUUGUGAUUUCGCGGUAACACAAAACAUCAUCGGUUUGGAAAGAUGAAACUGUUUACAUGCAAGCCGGUAUAUUCAAUGUAGAAAUUUAAAAAACUUAUUCGUAGUAGCAGAUAACGCUUACUGUGAAACCUUACGAAACCGGUUUUAACGAAAAUUAUUUCUUUAUUAAAAUGGUAAAUUUUGGUUAGAAGGCUAUGGUAUUCCUACCGCUCAGAACGAUAUAUUAUUGUACGAAUAAUUUUGUAAGAUGUCCAAUUUCUUGCCAAACUAAGCAAGACCUUCGUGGAUGCGCUCUAUUAUAUUGCUAUCAUUAAUUAUUAAAGAAAAACCGGAUAGCGCACAAAGUGCCGCAUUUAUAUCUUAACUACUCGUUUCUCCUUCUCUCUGUUGUUUGAAAAUCUGAGGUUUUAAAUUUAAAUUGUAAUUUUUUUUAAAUCUUCAUCAAAACUUGCAGUAGUGAGUCCCUAUUAAGUUAACUCUUGAAGUGUGAUAAUUAUACCAACAAGGUUUGCAUAACUGUUAACGCUUUAACUCCAGUGAGUGACCAAGAUAGAAUUUCUCUUUACUAUAUCUAUACAAUAUCAUGCAUACAAGUGAUAAGAAUAAAGAAAAAUGUCAAUUAUGGAAUUACUAAUUGAUCCAAUACCAAAUUCUCCAAACUAAGAUAAUGAGAAUUCUUUGGCUGACAGUAAGGAGAAUUACUAAUGAGAUCUUGGGAGUGAAAGGAUUAAGCUGAAGGGUACUGAAUAUUUAAGGAAGGCAAGAGACAAGUCUUAAAUUUUAGCUGUUACAUAAAAGUGGAUGCAAAAAGAUAAAAUGUCUUAAUAAGGAAUUUACAAGUUGGCCUAUGUAUUAGAUCUGCAUUUACCACAGAGACCAACCAAACUCUCUUGGUGUAAUGAUCUCUACUUGACAAUAGGAUAAUGGGUUUGAGAUUUAAUAUAUAAUAACUCUACUAGUCCUUCACAACUAAACAGUUACAGUUAUAUUUCAGUUUUGAAUGAAAUAAACUUCAUUUGACCUUCAGAUGAAACUGAAGUAAAGCAAUGAUCCACGCAAGUGUGCAGCAACUUAAGCAACUGCAGAAAAGCAGCCUGAAAAAAUUAAGGCUUUGAUGGGACUGAAACCCUUGCCUUUUUAAUACUGUUUGGGUUACUACAACUGAGUUGUGAAGCCAUACAUUGAAAGAAAGGCAAAUUUUUUAGGAGUUCACCUUUUCUUUGAAGGAAUCUGAUCACAAUCUUUGGCAUUUUUUUUUCUGAAAAGAAUCCUUUUUUUUUUGAAAUCGAAAUUGCUUCACUAGCAAUGGAUCUUUGUUUUAUAAUUUUUUUUUCUCCUUACAAUAUCAAUGUAAUGUUCACCAGAUGAGAGAUGAGAAAAAAGAAAAAUAUCAAUUUGGGGAUAAUUAGUUGAUCCAAUACCAAAUUCUCUGAAAUAACAUUCUAAGAAUUGUAUGGUUGACAGAAAGGAGAAUUACAGAUUUGAUCUGGUAGUUAAAGGGUUAGGUCACAACUAUUUACUGAUUACUGAAGUGAAAGUUGUUAGUGGUGAAUAUUCCCAAGCUGGGAAUUAGCGAGGUAAAUAUCAACCCCUAACCACCGACAGUGAGGUGAAUAGUUGUUUUAGUAUAAACUAAAACAGUGAGAUAAUGUCACAAAAAAAAAUUUAUUUUAACUCAUUUAUUGGUUCCAAAUUCCACAAGAAGUGUGCAUAUGUGAAUAGGAAAGGAUGUUUAGAGUUUGAGUGACCAAUGUUCUGAGGGUGUGUGUUCAGUGCCUUCCACUUGUUUAGUUUAUACCUCUAAUAAUAGUUAUUAUUCACCAACAGGUAUUCCCCCCCAGUCAUUUGGGGAAAGAGUGGCCACUGCCAAACCCUUGUAGGAGCCCUGUUCGGUAGACGUGCUUGCCCAGAGUUGAAAGGAGCCUUACACACAACAAAGCUGCAUGAUGGCACUGUUGUCACUUAUGAGAUUUACUCUCCUGACGAAAAUUCACUCUUGAGUGUUGAACAGGUAUACAAUCAUGAGCUUAUCACAGGUUUAAAGUUAUGGUAUAACAUGAAAAAAGAGGUAUUGACUUGCUUUAAUUUUUUAAGGGCGUUUUGGUUGCUUACAUAUGCAAAACACAGGGAAAGGGAUUAAUUUAUUUGAAGUCAUAGCAGUAUUAUUAGGUAGCGGAAAUAUGUAUAUGUUUUAAAAUGAGCUGAUAAAAAUGCUCUUGAGACAAACAGCAGCAUUCAUUUGGGGCUAGUGCAUUGGUGAGGGUGUUCACCAGUCCCAUUACUGUGGCCUCAAUGGGUUUGAUUGUCCUUGCUCAGAAGUUUUUUCUACAGGUCCUCAUGUUUUUCUCCCUCCACAAAAACCAAGUUGAAUUUUCUAAAUUCCAAUUUGACCCAGAAACAGCAGACAAGGAGAGCCACCUUAUGGGCUGUCCACCUCUAAAUUCCCAUAUAGCACAUAAUCUAUAAGAUGAGCACCUUAUAGACAGUAUCUCCUGUUUUCUGUACCAAGAAUGAACUCAUUUUUUAACAGAACUAUACAUUGCUGUAUUAUUCAGCUAGAACACAUGAAUGGUCUUAAAAGAGCAUCAUAGAAUCAUACAAUAUCUUCAGUAAGAAGACAAGGCAUACCAUGUGUAAAUGAUUUUUAGAGAUGCAUUGUGCAGCUUUCACUGCCAGAUCUCAAGGAUCUGAGUAAAUGUAACACGAAACAGUUCACCUUUUUGGGAAAAACGAUCAAAGAGUAAAUAGAUUGUAAAUUUCUGCCAGAAUAACUCAAAAUGUUUUGCCAGUUCCUUUUGUGUUUUUAAAUAAAUCUUGGUUGAUCUGAGGCUCAUGUUCUGUUACCAAUUUCUGUCAUCUUAUUUAUAAAAUUUGAGAUAAUUUCUCAAUCAAAUUUGUUAGUGAAAUCAAUUGAACUACCUGGAGAGUUUCACAGGCUUAGCAGCCCUGAAUAAAAAUCUUGUAAUCUCAGUGACAAGAGAGUGUCAUUCAGCACAAUAAAACAUGUUGAUAUCACAAAGAUUAUGAUCAGUUUGCAUCAAGGAAACCAAUGUUUAUUGAACUGCUUGAAAUUUGGCGAAUUGACCAGAUACUGUACAUAAUUAUGGAUAAGGAGGGGAAUUUGACAGCCACCUUGAUAAUAAAUAUACAGUUGUUUUGUGUUGGGAAAUUUUUAAAAAGUUAAGAGUGUCAGGUGAGAUGAGAAGCCCUAAAAAAAAAUAAAAGCUACCUUGCUAAUAAAUAUACAGUUGUUUUGUGUUGGGGAGUUUUUACAAAGUUAAGAGUGGUCAGGUGAGAUGAGCAGCUCUGAACAAAAGUCUUGUAAUCUCAGUGACAAGAGAGUGUCAGUCAGCACAACCAACAGGUAACAGUGUACAGAACUAACAUACUUUCCCUUUUUUGAAUGAUCCAAGGAGAAGCCUACAAUCAUCACAGUCCCAGGAAUUGCUAACUGUUCCGAGACAAAGUAUGUGCGCACAUUUGCUGACUACGCCAUUCACCAUGGCUUCAAAGUUGCUGUUUUAAAUCAUUUGGGAGCAAAGGAAGAGGGUGGAUUGUCCACUCCAAGGAUUUUCACAUAUGGUAAUUGUUAGCUAUCUACUCCUCAGUGAAAUUUUUCUAUGGAUCAAUAGACAGUGUUAAUGUAAUUAUGUUUUACAGUCAAUUCACUACCUCAACAAAUUCUCCACCACAAAACUCGCUAACACUGAGUCACAUGCUACUUAAUUGAUUUCAGGUGAUAUAAUCAUGGAUUAAAUUUUAUAUGAAAGAUUAUUCUUAAUUCAAUUUUAGUGGUUCCACUUUAAGGGACUGUUCAAUACAGAUAGAGGACAAUAAAAAAUGGCUGUUGGGACUCAGAAAAGGGUGACCAUGACCCCCUUCAUAGAGAUGGUUGCUUACUAGGGGUGAAAAUUACUGUGAUUAAGGGAAAGAAAAUUUAGGACAUUGACUACUGGCCACUAAAAUACAAGGUGACUGCUUACAACAGGUUCGACUGUAUAAGGAAAAUGGUUCCAUUUAGAAAUCGAAAAAAAUGUGUUGGAUGUAAUUGAAACCAAACCAAAACAUGUUACUAAUAAAACUGGUGUGAUAACAAUAUAGGUGGUACAGAGGAACUGGCUGCCAUGGUUACACACAUCACCUCUGUGGGUAAUCACCAGCGACUUAUUGGAGUCGGGUUCUCUAUGGGUGCAAACAUUUUGAUGAAAUAUCUAGGAGAGGAACCUUCACGGCAGGAGUUAUUUGAAUGUGCUGUGUCUGUGUGCCAGGGAUAUGAUAUCUUGAGGUAAGAGAUCUGCAAAUUUGAAUUUUAGUCAUAACUUCAAUGACUUAUCAGUGUACCAGCUAGGGAAUUUCUUGAAGCUGAUAAAGAGAAGGUUAGCUCCUUGUUGGGGAAAAAGGUUUGCCUUAACCCUUUACAACUCUAUAGCCAAACAUCAUUAUGCAUGUUCUCUUUGUUUUCUAAACAUUUCCUAUGGCAAGGAGAGUUAGAGUAAUCAAGAGCCUCUUUCAUAAGCAAUCAUUUCCUUAAUUUUCAUGACCUAUUUAUAAGAUUUAGCAGUGAUGUUGUAAGAGAAAUUAUAUGCCUGUCACUUCAAGGGCUCAGAGUUAAAUCAACUAAAAUUCACAGAAUAGCUUAUUACUGAAUAUCAAAUUACAGAUUCACUGAUUGAGGUUAUGAUUAACCUCCUUGACUCUCUGAUUCAUAAGGGUGACUAGCAUCUAUUUUCUCCUUACAAUAUCAAUACUGAAUCAUACUUUAAGGUCACAAGAAUGACGGGAAUGAUUACAAACUAAAGAAGCUCUUGAUUAAAUAAUGAUUUUAGAUAUGUGAAUUUCACAUAUCUAAAAUCAUUAUUCAUCACUUGGAUGGUUUAUUUGGACCCAACAUAUUGACCAGCUCCCAGUUGGCUUGUUAGUUCAGUUGGUAGAGCACUGCACUGGUAUCGCAGAGAUCAUGGGUUCAUAUCCUGUACGGGCCUGAAUUUUUUUCAGGUCCUAUUUUCAACUACUAGUUCAGUAGUGGUCUUAGGUGUAAGGAGCUCUUAAAUUAAUCUCUUGAUUGUUAAACAAAUUCUCUUUGUCGGCACCCUCAGGAAAUGUAUGGAGCACAAUAUGGAAAAUAUGCAUACUGAUAUCAGGGUUGUAUAAAGGUUAAUAAUUGAUUGACAGGCAGACCAUCAACUAACUGAGUGACUGUCAAACUAAAUUAUGGACUGACUCACACUGACAGACUAAAUUACAAAUUUAGCUGACUUACUUGCUGAGUGAAUAAAGGGUAAGUUUCUAAAGAAACUGUGGUGCUGCGUGGGUGGGAGAGUAUAGCAGGUAAUUAAGUGUUAAUAACUGAGUUGAAAACGUAAAUUAGCCUCCGUAAAGGGUAAAAAAGCUGACGUUUCGAGCGUUACUCACUAAGUGCUUCGCAAAUUGUCUACCUGACUGAUGGAUUAUGGAAUGGAUUCAUGGACAGGUGGACUCACGGACUGACUGGUAUAUAACAGGCAAGAUGAUGAAUAUCUAACCCUCUACACCCCAAAAUCAGUAUCCAUAUUCUUCUCUAUACAUUUCCUUCUGUACUGUCAAGGAGUAUUAGUUUAACAAUCAAAGCUUCGUGGGUAGGCGAUCAUUUCCUUUAUUCUCGUGGUCUUAAUGAAAGAUUCAGCAGUAUUGCUGUAAGGAGAAAUUAGGUAUUGGUCAUUCUAAGGGUUGAAAGAGUGAAACGUAAACUUUUAACGUUGCUACACAUGUAUUGUUGGCGAUCUCUUCCGUGAUUUGUAGAGCAAAGACUCUCCUUCACGAAUGGGAUGGACUACGACGUUUCUACAACUGGGGCAUCACCCAAAGCGUGAAAAAGGUACUCGACCGCAACAUGAAGGUUUUAUUCCAGUGCCCCAAAUUUACUUCAUCUGUUCAUCAUGUUCGCUCGUCUUCUUCCCUUGUGGAGCUUGAUGAUGCAUAUGUCAAGUGAGUAACAUUUUAGAGUACUCUUCAAUUGCAUGCUGUGAAAGCGAAACCAUAGUAACCACAGCAGCCAAUCAGAACAAAGAAAAAUUUCGCCGAUGGCAGCUGAAAUGAUCAAGCAAACUGUCUGAAGCGCAGAAAAUCGUGAACAAGUUGUAUGAAUCUAAUUAUUUGAGGAAGUGGCUAAGUUUAUUGGCAAAUCAAAGAGCGUGUUAGAAAGUGUCUGCGUAACAGAGGUGCGACUGUGAUACUGUGUAAUUAAGGGAGAAUUUGAAUUUUUCCUUACCUUAACUCUAGAAAAAUGGCGGGAUUCCAUAAUUUGGACGAGUUUUAUGCUGUCAACAGUUCCUGUAACUAUAUAAACCAGGUAACCUCUCUCUGUAGUUUUUGUUCUUGUCUUUUUUCUCUCUUUUGGUAUAGUGACUUCUACGUGUUUUCUCUUCACAGAUUAAGAUCCCAGUGUUUCUUUUAAAUGCCUCAGACGAUCCCCUCAUACCUGAGGAACUGUUUGAUACGCCAUACAACCACGUCAGUAAGUAUUAGGUGUUUGGACCAUUAAUUGGUGAGAAGGAGUUCUAUUAUAUGGUCUUGACAGGUACAUUAUAUGCCGCCACAAAAGGAACCUUUUACGAGGCCUUGUUCUUAAACAGGAUAUGCAGUUUUACUUCUUGGGGGCGGAGCUCGAACAAAGUCCCUCCCAUACGUCGGGGCGCUGCGCUAGAGGAGAUUUUGUGGAUAACUAGGCAUCUUGAUCGCUGACGGGGGUGGACUGAUGGAGAAAUAUGGAGAAGAUCUCAGGCCGGGCUCAGUUUUGUGUUCUAGGGCGAAACUAAAACUUUUCCGUCACUAUGCCUCGAUCCAGUCAGAGUGUAUCUGUUUACCAGCAAAUUUUUAGGUUGGAAAACUUGUUGAACCUCCGGGGCAGGGGUGAGGGGAGUGGGGUUGCCCACGAUAAACUAACAUCCCCCCAGGAAGAUUAGUAAUACACCCCUAUUCGCUUCAUAAUAGGAAAGCAAGGAGAAGCCUCGGAAGUGAAGUCCACGUGACUGUUAAUACUUGACUUGCCUUUUUUCCUCUCUGUCUUUAGAAUGUAAUGAAUCAGCUGUGUUUGUCGUGACUCAUCAUGGUGGCCAUCUUGGAUUUUACGAGGGAGGGUUUUUUACUGUUUUCCCUUUGACCUGGCUCGACAAGGCCGUGAUACAGUAUAUCAAGGCGGUUUUAAAAGUGAAAAACGAGGGAAAAUUAUCAUCCUUGUCCGAGCAGGACGAAGAAUAUGUUAGUGCAUCCUAGCAUUCGCCGGAAAGUGGCGGUUUUGUAUAUCUCCUUCGUAAGUUUUUUUUUACGAUCCUAAACUCCAGUUUUACCCAAUGACCACUUCAGUUUUGCGUGAUCUUAGGUUUUAGGGACAACAAAGCUAUCGGCAGUGGCCAUCAUCUUUAAUCAUAAAGCUGUUCACGAUUCAUUUCAACUGCAUUAUUACUGUUGGUUUGUCAAACCUCGGGAUUAUCUCAACGUAAACAUUUUAGAAAUUUAAUUAUUUUUGAUAAAACAGUCGUAACAUUCGAAUUAGGUAGAAUGCUUUUGUGAAACGCUGUCACAAGUUUAAAGGGAAUUAAGGGAAAUUUUUAUAAUAGGAAAUAUUCUGAUUAAAUAAACUAGUCACAGAUAACUUCGUGAUAAUAAUGAUAUUGACAAACAUCGAUUAAAAACUAUUUUCCAACAAUAAAACAUAUCUUGUAACUAAUUCAUCAUAGUAAAUCAGAGAUGAAACCUUGAUGGUAAGGCUUCUUGAAAACAUGAAAAUGUUUACCUUAAAUCACGCCAGAAACCCAGUAAUUGUUAUGUUGUUUAUAAAAUUGUAACUUUUCUCCGACAGAGAACCCCUCCAUUGCUAAAAAUUCCUAAACUACACGCAUAUAUCUAAACUUUGUUUCAACUGACCGCUGUAAUAAAGCUAUGCGUAAAGCAAAAUAACAAUCUCAAACUUUUUCCUUGUCAAACUUCGACAUCCUUUCGGUGAAUGAUGUUGUCUUUCUUGUCCUUUCAUUGUAUUUAGUUAUUUUUCGGUAUUUAUGUGUUUUUAGCGCAUUCAUCUUUGCCCAAUAGAAGCUGCAAAAAGUAGAGGAAUAAUUUAGGAAUUGUUCGUGACCAUCACCUCGAUGAUACACUAUACAAUAUUAAUAAUUAUUUAUAAUUAAUAAUAAUAAAAAUUAUUAAUACACUAUAUAGCAAUCUGAAUUAUACAUGCUUUUUGAUUGGUUCUUACUUAUAAGCUAUUGAAGGAUAGACGCAUGGAUGACGUCAUCAUUUACAACAUUUCGUCAUCAUUAAGAAACAGAUAUAAUCCAUGUUGUCGUGGGUCUGUACUGGGAUGGAUCGCAGAAGACGUCAAAAUGCGGUAGGAAUAUCGAUGGUACACCCGGCUGCCCUGUGUGUGCCACUUUUUUGUUCAGUCCCCGGCGAUCUAUUCCUGUACAGACCCACGGCAUUAUAGAAUCUGUUUGUUAAAUAAACAGCAAGUAGCGUAAUCAAUCAGAUUUCGGCAUUUGUGAUAGAACACUGAUGGAUUAAUGCGAAAAUGAGUUAUUACCUUUUUCAUUACGGCUCGUAUGCUGACACUCUUUUCCCUUUCGUGUCGGUCGUAGAUUUUGCUCAAAAUAUCACACUUUUGUUCUCCAUAAUUGAAGCCUUGGCAUUGUGGAGUUCUCAUGCACAGAUCUUCACACUGUAGCUUGGAUACAACUUGAUAUGUGACCAUUACAUCGCCUUUCAUUUCUUUCUCCAGUAAUGGAACAUUAAUAGUCGAAGUGAUGAUAAAGCAUCCUGAAUUUUGAGCCCUUCGGAAAUUUACAGGAUCAUCAUGUCUUCGGUGCUUCGAACCUUAUAAUGCAAUUUAAGAUAGAAUCAGCGAAGUCUUGAGAAAUCAAGGAAUAUUUCGCGUGCAAUCAACCUCCGUUCAAGAAAUAGGAGAAAUAUGAGUCAAGAGCGGCUAAACGGUUAGAGUGUCAAAUGCAAAUAUCAAAUGCAUUUUGUACAUUCAUUAUUUAUUUCGUCCUCACCCUAGCUAAACGAAAGCUUUUAUAUCAUGGAGCCAAUUUAUGUUGUCCUUGAUAUUUCGUUCUAAAUGAGUAAGAAAUUAUAUUUCAGCGAGAGAUAGUUUCUCGAUGUCAGUUAAUCGCACGAAAAUUAACUUGAAACAAAGUCAUAAUCCUGCGCAAAGCAUUUGUUUUAAUCUUUGAUUCUGGUUAAAUAGUCAGACGAAUUUUUUUUCUUUAUCACUGAUCCCUCGUUUUUUGUCUUUUUUUAAAUACAUGGUCAUUUCAAUACCUUUAAGUCUAAGUUCAGCAUCUAUUCAAUUUAAAAUAAAUACCCCGAUUUCCAUCAUUUCCAGUAGCCGAGCACCGAUAUGAAAACUGUGACAGUCUUCCAUAAAAAAAAAAAUAUAUAUAUCAUAGCUUACCUUUUCCUUCAAGAAAAGACGAAGCGAAUGUUAAAACCAUCACAAAUUCGGAAAUAUCCAUUUUCCAAACGCAUACCUAAAAGUUAAAUGACAUAAGGUACAAGAUGAAGAGUCGAGGCCCAAUUAAUUAGUCCUUAAAAUUUUUGUAAGGUUAAUUGAAAUCUGAAAUUUAGCGGUAAAUAAAGAAAUGAAAAUGUCCUCUCGAGGAAAACAGCAACGUAAGUGUGUAAUACACAAAUCACCUUUACUAUACCUUGAUCAAUUUUAAUUGCAAUGAAUAACGAAGUAGUUGGAAUUCACAGAGAGAAAUAUAGCACGGUUCAGUAUAAACUUCCGUAACGAAACUGCUCUUGUGAAAAUUUUUGUAUACAUGCAAUUCAGCCUAGUGCUUUUUAAGAUCAAAACAGAUACACAAGUCCGCAAAAAUACGAAGCAAAAAAAAAUUUAAAACAGAGCUAACGCGGCUACAAAGUAUUUCAAAUAAAUAAAGCUGCGAACGAGACUAGAGUGAGAAAACUGAGUGAAAACCAAUGGAGUAACAUACCUGUUUUAUAACAUGCCGCGUUCAGCAGCUUUCCAUGUUAUCUCUCG